CUUAGCCAAACUGAAAGUAAAGGUAAAACAGGCUAACAAGUAAAGGUAAAACAAGGUAAUCUCAACCUGUGCUUUUUCUUCUCAAAACAUAGCAAAUAUAUGAAGAGGAAAGUAAGAGGAAAGUAAAAUGGCAGCUGCAAGCAACGAUGAGUUUCAUCUUAUAAUCCCUGAAACAACUGAGAGUGUUCAGGUUAAACUGGGAUCUGAAUUAACUGUACCAUGUCACCUAUCACCUGAAACCAGUGCUGUCAACAUGGAGAUCAGAUGGUUUAAGGAGACAGACUGUCUUUGUGACUAUAAGAACAGACAGAUGACAGUGGUGGGAGGAUAUGAAAACAAAGUCAGUCUGCUAACUGGGGAGCUAAACAGAGGAAAUGUGUCCUUAACACUACAGGGCUUCACAGAGUCAGAUUUGGGAGAUUAUGUGUGUCAAGUCACCAGUGGAGAAAGAAGAGUGGAGAUAACUGUAAGAGUAAAAGAAGCAGAGAAAGACAAACUGCUCGAAACUCCAGCUAAAGAAGACACAGGAAAAAGAAGCAUGUUUAAGUUAACAAGUAUAACAUUAGGUGCAUUAGCCGGUGCAAUAAUUACAUCAGUAGCAGGAGCAGCAGCAGUAGGAGCAGCAGCAGUAGCAACUGGACUAGUGGGAGCAGUAGGAGGAGCUGCAGUAGGAGCAGCAGUUGGAAAAGCUGCAGUAGGAGCAGCAGUAGGAAAAGUUGCAGUAGGAGCAGCAGUAGGAGCAGGAGCAGCAGUAGGAAGAGCUGCAGUAGGAGCAGGUGGACCAGCAGCAGGAGCAGAACAGCCAUUGCAGUUCGCAGAAGCAGUUGAUCAUAGAAACAUCACUUUUUUGAAAGUAGACACAAUAAAAACAUCUGAUCUAAUGACAGGUAACUAUAGCAUAAUGGUAACCAUCAAUUCAGGCAGAGGAAAUCUAAGCAGCUAUAAAAUGUAUUUACAGAAUAAAUACAAGAACAUAGGGAGCUACAUGAAAAAGACCAAAAUCCAAACACUCUAA